GUUGUCACAUUGGCGGCGACAGAGUACAACAGAACAGCCAACAGGGAACUGACGUGGUAUUUCAAAAAGGACCCCAUUUUCACAUUAUAUACAUUAUACAGUUGUUAAUUGAAAAUGGAUAUCGCCACAAUGUUCGAUGAUGUUAAGCGUAUGAAUAAGCGUCAAUUUUUAUACCAGGUUUUAAGCUUUGGUAUGAUAGUAUCUUCAGCACUUAUGAUAUGGAAAGGUUUGAUGGUUGGAACCGGUAGCGAAAGUCCUAUUGUUGUAGUUUUAUCGGGUAGUAUGGAGCCAGCUUUUCAUAGGGGAGAUUUGCUGUUUUUAACUAAUUAUCCAGAAGAACCGGUGCGAGUUGGAGAAAUUGUUGUUUUCAAAGUUGAAGGCAGAGAUAUUCCAAUAGUUCACAGAGUUUUGAAGUUGCAUGAAAAGGAAAACGGUACUGUUAAAUUUCUCACGAAAGGAGACAAUAACAGUGUUGAUGAUAGAGGUCUCUAUGCUCCUGGGCAGCUUUGGUUGACUAAAAAAGAUGUAGUGGGUAGAGCUAGAGGUUUCUUGCCUUAUGUUGGAAUGGUGACUAUAUUGAUGAAUGAGUAUCCAAAAUUUAAGUACGCAGUUCUAGCGUGUCUAGGUUUUUAUGUCCUCAUUCACAGGGAGUAAUCUUUUUAUAUUGUUUUGUAAUUAAAUUUGGAAAAAUAAACAUGUUCCUUAAU